AUGGUGCCUGUGAUUAAUGCCAUGCAGGUUGAUUGCGCUGUUUUGGGCAAUCAUGAUUGGGAUUUCGGAUACCCUCACCUUCAGAGUCUUUUGAGUAAAACAAAUUUCCCCUGGCUCUUUUCGAACGUUGUUGAUGCUUCCUGGCGAGAUGAUGAUUCAGAGCAAUCACCGGAACUGGAUGAGCGUGAUAAACAGAUCGAAGGGACAUUACCCUAUUUUGUCAUGGAGGUCAAAGGAAUCAAAAUAGGGUGCAUUGGACUUGUGGAAGAGGAGUGGCUUGACACUGUGCCCGGCUUCCCGGAGGAGUUCGAGUACCGCGAUAUGGUUCAAACAGCGUUGAAGCUUUCGAAAGAGCUACGUGAGGGCCCUGAAAAGUGUGAACUGAUUUUUGCUGCUACACAUUGCCGUCUUCCUAACGAUAUUGCACUGGCCAAUGCCCUCGGUGCUGUUGCUAAGACAGAUCCUAGUCAGCAUGGCGUGGAUCUUAUUCUAGGCGGACAUGAUCAUACAUAUUAUAUUGGCCGUGGUGUUGACUCUUAUGAUGGGACCGAAUUUGAGCGUUCCAUGAUGGGCUGCGAAAACGAUGAAAACACGCUGAUUGUAAAGAGUGGUACUGAUUUCCAUGACCUAAGUGAAGUGGAAAUUACGCUGUCUGAGCCGCAUGACGACACAGCUGUGCGUCGUCGCACUAUUGAACGUCUUACUGUUCGGCGCCAUCAGCCAUGUCCAAACGAUGAGUCGCUCCCCGAGCUGCAUGAACUACUUGACCAACUCAUGCAACGAGUUACGAAGGCUACAGAACAGCCUGUUGCGAUCACACUAAACGAAUGGGACCUGCGCUCGGAAAAAGUUCGAACCAAAGAAUCCGGGAUCGGCGACCUAAUCUCGGACAUUCUCUUAAUGGCCAUGGAGCGCAUGCUGAGGAGAAAGUCGCAUCCCAAGUGCAGCAAGAUUCUCCAAAAUGACUACCGCAUGGCGGAUUGUGCUUUGAUUUGUGGCGGAUCCUUGCGGAGCGACAGUGUGUUUGGCCCUGGCAAAAUCACGCUAGGGAAUCUUAUGGAGAUUAUGCCAUUCGAGGACCCAAUUGUGGUGAAAGAGCUCACAGGGCAAGACAUUUGGGAUGCUCUCGAGAAUGGAUUCAGCACAUAUCCAAAGCAAGAGGGUCGUUUUCCUCAACUAGCAGGCUUGCAAGUAGUAUGGGAUUCAUCCCGCGAGCCUGGCCAUCGCGUUGUUAGUGUUCAUGUGCUGAAGCAACCGUUCGAUGGCUCGGGCCCUGAGAGCAAAGAGACAUUCAUCAAUAUUCGCAAUUCAUUUUUGUAUGAGCCUGAUACCAAGUCCGACAACGAGAACUCUGUAAUGGUUUGUCGUAUUACGCCCGAGGUUCGCGAGGAACUACAAAUGCACAAAAAUUAUGCGGUGGUUACGCGAGAGUAUCUGUGCCAAGGAAACGAUGGGUAUGACGCCCUCACGCGAGGUCGAUACAUCAUUGAUGACGAAUCGGGUGAGCUAAUGUCCACUCUAGUGCGUAAAUUCCUGUUAGGUGCUACAUACAUCUCUCGAUGGAAUCACCUGCAUGCCAAAUGUGGCCUUGACACUGUGGACAGCCCUAUGUCCAUGUCACCGCCUUCUAGCGUGGGCCAUGGUGAUACUUCUCAUUUGCCUAAGCGCCGGCGCCUAUCCAUGAUGGAGCAACUGCACAAACAUGUUGACCGCGAUCAAGUCUACCUUUCUUCUGGAACAGAAGAUGCCAUUCAACGUGCGAAUAAGCUUCGUUUACGUCGCUCUCGAUCCGUACAGCUUCCCACCAAUGCGUCUAGAGAUACUUUGAGAAAACGACUCCAUCCAGCCGCUGCUGCUAUCCUCAACGAUUCUAUGGUGGUAGAUUCGACUCCUCUGGCCAUUCGCGACGCUCUUUUCGUGGCAGCCCAUGAACAUCAUUCGCAUUUCGAUUCCGCUUCAAGGAUCGAUACGGGUCUAGUGGUAGAUCAUGACUGUGCAAAAGAAGAUCUGGCUGUCAUUGUGGCGUUAACAGAUGGCCGCAUGGUUGACCAAGCCCAAUCCAAGACCAACGAAACAUAG